AUGGCGUCUAAAGGAUUAGGAACGGUCUACUUUGACCAGUACCGUACCGAGGAGUCAGACAAGGCCGUCGAGGGUGCCGCAGGCCCCCCGAUCGACUAUUCCCCCCUGAAGCGAUUCACCAACCGGUCUCUCGUAAUGGGUGCCCUGGUGUCGAUGGGCGGUAUGAUCUUUGGCUACGAUACCGGACAGAUCUCCGGGUUCAUGCAAAUGCCCGACUUCAUGCACCGCUUCGGGCAGCAACACUCCAAUGGCGACUACUACUUCAGCAACGUCCGGUCUGGUCUCAUCGUCGGCCUGCUUUCGAUCGGCACGCUCUUCGGAGCCCUGAUCGCGGCGCCCAUUGCCGACAAGGUCGGCCGUCGGCCGUCCAUCUCGGCCUGGUGUGGCGUCACCGCCGUCGGCUUCGUCAUCCAGAUCGCCUCGAUCAACAAGUGGUACCAGAUCAUGAUCGGCCGUUUUGUUGCCGGUUGGGGUGUCGGUGCCCUCAGUCUGCUCGUGCCCAUGUACCAGAGCGAGAGCUCCCCGGCCUGGAUCCGCGGUGCCAUGGUCUCGACAUACCAGCUGUUCAUCACGUUUGGCAUCUUCCUUGCCGCCUGCUUCAACUAUGGCACCGUGACCCACCAGCCCAACAACUCCGCAUCUUGGCGCACCAUCAUCGGCCUUGGCUGGCUCUGGACCAUCAUCCUCGGUGUCGGUAUCCUGUUCCUGCCCGAGACCCCCCGGUUUGAGUUCCGUCAAGGCAACGUCCAGAGCGCGACCGAUUCGCUCUGCAGAAUGUACGGCGCCAGCCCCAACCACUACGCCAUCCGCAACCAGAUUGAGGAGAUCGAGACCAAGCUCAAGGCGGAGAACCACAGCAACGACGGCCGCAUCCGCACCUUCUGCAGGAUGUUCAGCGCACCGCGCAUGGCCUACCGCAUCUUCAUCGGUGUCUCCAUCCAGGCACUGCAGCAGCUGACGGGCGCCAACUACUUCUUCUACUACGGCACCACCAUCUUCGAGUCCGUCAACAUCGACUCGUACGUCACGCAGAUCAUCCUGAACACCAUCAACUUUGCCGUCACCUUUAUCGGCCUGUGGAUGAUCGAGCACUUUGGUCGUCGCAAGUCGCUUAUGACUGGUUCCAUCUGGAUGUUCAUCUGCUUCCUGAUCUUCGCCUCAGUCGGCCACUUCUCCCUAGACCGUGCCGAUCCCAAGAGCACGCGCUCGGCCGGCAUCGCCCUGAUCGUCUUUGCCUGCUUCUUCAUUCUCGGCUUUGCCACCACCUGGGGCCCCAUGAUCUGGACCAUCAUGGCUGAGAUCUACCCGUCCGAGUACCGUGCCUCGGCCAUGUCGCUCGCCACUGCCAGCAACUGGAUCUGGAACUUCCUGAUCGCCUUCUUCACCCCCUUCAUCACGGGAGCCAUCGACUUCCGCUACGGCUACGUCUUUGCCGGCUGCAACGUGCUCGGCUUCCUCAUGGUCUACUUCUUCGUCGUCGAGGGCAAAGGCCGGACACUCGAGGAGAUCGACACCAUGUACCUGCAGGGUGUCCUUCCCUGGAAGAGUGCCGAGUGGAUCCCACCGACGGCCGACGAGAUGGAGCGCACCCGCAAGGAGUCCACAUCACAUCCGACCGCCACCAUGGGCGAGAACAUGAUUGUUGACAACGUCUAG